AUUAUUCCGUAUUUAUAAACACUUCCCAAAGGAGGCUAAAAAGAGAUCUCUCUUUCUCUCUGUUCAUCAUUGCAUAGCGAAUCGCAGAGGGUCUCUGCUUGUACUCCGAUUAUUUUCGAUCUUGGUUUAUGAGCUCGAAGGAGAAACCCACUCUAGGUGGCACGCGGAUUAAGACCCGCAAACGGAAUAUUGCAGCGCCGCUGGACCCUGCAGCAUUUGCAGAUGCAGUGGUCCAGAUCUAUUUGGAUAAUGCUGGUGAUCUGGAACUCGUUGCUAAGAGCAUUGAGUCAUCAGAACUUAACUUCUCUAGAUACGGUGACACUUUUUUUGAGGUUGUAUUCACAGGUGGUCGUACUCAACCUGGAACAGUUAAACCUGAUGAGGGGGAGCGCCACCCUUACUCUGUAAUUGAGUGUGAGCCAGAGCGCGAAGCCAUUUUGCCAUCUGUAAUCUACGUGCAAAAGAUCUUAAGGCGAAAGCCAUUUCUUAUAAAGAACCUUGAAAAUGUUAUGCGUCGACUAUUGCAGUCGUUGGAACUUUUUGAGGAAAAGGAAAGGAAGAAGUUGGCUAUUUUUACAGCCCUUGCCUUUUCUCAGAAAUUGUCAGGUCUCCCACCAGAGACUGUGUUCCAACCAUUGCUCAAAGAUAACCUUGUUGCAAAAGGAAUAGUUCUCUCAUUCAUCACAGACUUUUUCAAGGAAUAUUUGAUUGAGAACAGUGUUGAUGACUUGAUCUCAAUUUGUAAGCGGGGUAAAAUGGAGGACAAUCUUAUGGAGUUCUUCCCAUCAGCAAAAAGGACCCCUGAAGCUUUCUCCGAGCACUUCACCAAUGCUGGACUCUUGCCCUUGGUUGAAUACAAUGAGAAGAAGAUUUUUGAGGUGAAACUCAAGGAAAUGAAAGCUGCAUUAACAGCUCAGAUAUCUGAAGAAGCUGAUAUCUCUGAAGUCAUAGAUACUGUAAAGCAGCAUAUUAAAGAUGCUAAACUACCUGAUGUUGAGGUUGUACGAAUUCUGUGGGAUGUCUUGAUGGAUGCUGUACAAUGGUCUGGGAAAAACCAACAGCAGAAUUCUAAUUUAGCUCUGCGCCAGGUGAAAACAUGGGCAAAACUGCUGAACGAGUUUUGUACUACUGGAAAGCUUGAACUGGAACUCAUAUACAAAGUUCAAGUCCAGUGUUACGAGGAUACUAAGCUGAUGAAGUUGUUCCCUGAAAUUGUAAGGUCUCUUUAUGACCAGGAUGUACUUGCUGAAGACACUAUUCUUCAUUGGUUCCGCAAAGGAACAAACCCUAAGGGCAGACAAUCUUUUGUGAAGUCACUGGAGCCCUUUGUCAAGUGGCUCGAGGAGGCAGAGGAAGAGGACUAACUUUGUCGUGGUACUGGCUGCCUUAGUUGAUGAUUGUGUCCUGUUAAAUUAUUGCACUUUAUAGUAUCAACUUAUGCAAUGUUGGUGUUGUUCCUGCGACAAUUGUGUAUGUUUUUUAUUUUUAUUUAUCCCUUAAACAUGUUCUCGAGCAUCUGAUGCUCGCCGAAACUAAUAUGAAACUGUUACUUUGCUUUGCUUCAGAUGUUGUAACAAUUUGUUGUACUCCCCGUGUGUUUGAAGUAUGCAAAGUUCCCUUAAAUUAUUGUCGUUU